CAGGGGGUUUGGAAUUUUGCUCGCUAAAAUGGUAUAGAGGCGGUAGUUGGCGAGGGCGUUGAAGUUGUUUUUAGAGGGAUCUCCGAGGGUUUUCCAAAACACUUCGGGUAUGAGUGUAAUAUGGCAGAACUUCAGGGGACGUAAGUGGAAAAUCCAGUUGAUUAGUCCGUUGGUCUGUUAAGCCCUAAAACCUUCUCUGAGUGGCGGCUUCACAGUCGCCGGUGCUUUUCGGAGUGCGGAGAGAGAGAUAUAGAGGGAUGGCGGAAGAAGCCGUAUUAGGUUUCCUUGAGAAGAACGAGGAAAUAGCAGAUUCGGGUCAGUUUGCGGCCGAACAUGGACUCAGUCACGACGAUGUCGUUAAUGUCAUUAAGAGCCUCAAUGGCUACCGACUCGUCGAUGCUCAGGACAUUAAGAGGGAGAGAUGGGUGUCCACCAAUGAGGGGAAAACAUAUGCUGCAGGAGGAUCUCCCGAAGUCCAAUUAUUGUUGGCUAUACCACCAGAAGGCAUCUCACGAGAAGAGUUGCAGGUUAUGAAUCCUCUUGUUUUAGAUUAUUGUGCAAUUGAGGAAUUGUGGGUUCAUGCAUGA